AUGUCCAGCUCAACCAACAACUUCCUCCCUCUCAUCCCGGCCGCCCACCGUGUGGCUGUCAUCUCUUCCCUCGACAAUGCCGCCAAUGAUGUGUCUGUCAUUCCCGCACUCCAGAAGACCCGUCGUUCCAGCUCCACCGCAACCGCCGACUCGAACGAUGCCGCUGAAGAACCUGUCCUCCCAUCCGAGACUGUCGAUCCUAUUGUCGAGUCACCCACCGAGGCCGUCAAUGUUCGAGUCAACGCCGCACAGCCCGAACACCGAUUCUUGAAGUUGGGCUACUAA